AUGUCUGACCAGGCCACCAUUCAGAACGAGCAGCAGCAGCAGCAAGCUCCUGCUGCGGCUGCCCCCGCUGCGGCUACCCCAGCCCCCGCUGCCGACGGCGCCGAGGAGCUCAACCCCGACGGAACGCCUCUCUCGGACAACCAAAAGAAGAAGCGUGCCGCCAAGGCAGAGAAGGAGCGCAUCAAGGCCGAAAAGGCCGCCAAGCUCGCUGCCGAAAAGGCCGCACGCGAGGCCGCCGACGUCGACUUUGCCUCGCAAAACUACGGCAAGCUGCCGCUCAACAUGUCGCAGGAGCGCAACGGUCGCACCUUCACCAAGAUCAGCCAGAUCGGCCCCGAGCGCGACGGAGAGCAGAUCGUGCUCUCGGCGCGUGUGCAGACCAGCCGUGCGCCCUCGGCCAAGCUCGUCUUCCUCACCUUCCGCCAGGGCGUCGACUGCGUCCAGGCCACGCUCGCGCAGGCGCCCGAGAAGGUGUCGCGCCAGAUGACCAAGUGGGCCGCCGGCCUUGCCGCCGAGACCAUCGUGCUCGUCGAGGGCACCAUCGUCAAGACGCCCAAGCCCGUCGAGUCGGCCACCGUCACCGUCAAGGAGGCCGAGAUCAAGAUCUCCAAGAUCCACUCCACCAGCGAGAUCGCCUUUGAGCAGCUCCCCUUCGGCGUCGACGACGCCACGCGCUCCGAGGUCGAGAUCCAGGCGUCGCAGCAGACCGAGCGUCCGCUGCCGCCCAUCGCGCUCGACACGCGUCUGGACAACCGCGUGCUCGACCUGCGCACCACCACCAACCAGGCCAUCUUCCGCCUCACGCACGGCGUGUGCAAGCUCUUCCGCGAGUACCUCGACGGCCUCGACUUUGUCGAGAUCCACACGCCCAAGCUGCAGGGCGCCGCCACCGAGAGCGGCUCGUCCGUGUUCAAGGUGAGCUACUUCAAGGGACAGGCGUUCCUCGCCCAGAGUCCGCAGCUCGCCAAGCAGAUGGCCAUCGCCGCCGACUUUGGGCGCGUCUACGAGAUCGGACCCGUGUUCAGGGCCGAGGACUCCAACACGCACCGUCACAUGACCGAGUUCACCGGCCUCGAUCUCGAGAUGGCGUUCGACGAGCACUACCACGAGGUGGUCGACGUGCUGGAUGGACUGUUCACGUUCAUCUUCCGCGAGCUGCCCAAGCGCUACCGCAAGGAGAUUGAUGCGGUCAAGCGACAGUACCCGUGCGACGAGUUCCUGCUUCCGGAGAAGACGGUUCGUCUGCAGUACAAGGAUGCGAUUGCGCUGCUGCGCGAGGCGGGCAAGGAGGUGGGUGAUCUGGAGGAUCUGUCGACCGAGAUGGAGCGUACGCUGGGUGGGCUGGUGCGCGAAAAGUACCAGACCGACUUUUUCAUGCUCGACAAGUUCCCGCUCGAGAUCCGACCGUUCUACACGAUGCCCGAUCCGGCGGAUGGCAAGUACUCCAACUCGUACGACUUCUUCAUGCGAGGGCAGGAGAUUUUGUCGGGCGCACAGCGUGUGCACGACGCGGCGUUCUUGGAGAAGAGGAUGGCCGAAUUCGGUAUCCCCGUCGAGUCGAUGAAGCACUACGUAGAGGCGUUCAGGUUAGGAUGCCCGCCCCACGCAGGUGGUGGUAUCGGCCUCGAGCGCGUCGUGAUGUUCUACCUUGGUCUGGGCAACAUUCGCCGUGCAUCCAUGUUCCCCCGUGACCCCAAGCGUCUCGACCCCUAG